CCAACUGACGAUGAUGUUAUAUCGAAUCGUGUGCCAAAGAGCAACAAUCAUGAGGAACAAACAUCCCCAGCUCGAAAAAUCACUCAUUUCCUAUUCGGUUAUCCUCAAGGACCGGACGUUCCCCCGGAGGACAUUCAACGGUAUACGCCGAAACCGAAACAUCUUCUCAUACGAUACUCGAUUCUCAGUCAGCACAUACCGCUGACAGUAUCAACGACACCAGUGACGGAUGAAUACUACGAUGAAGAUGAAGACGGGAGGGAUUGCAUUGUGUCCGAAUGGGGUUCAUGGGAGAAUUGUGUUGCUGAUGACGGGACAUGUGGUAUUGGAGUUCAACAGAGAACCAGAUAUGUUCGACAGGAAGCUAUCCGAGGUGGUAAGGAGUGCCCUCCGUUGAAGGAAAUGCGUACUUGCUAUGUGGAAUGCCCAAAGCGAAGAUCAUUGGACGAUUUAACGACAGUUGCACUCUUGCUGGAUUAUCGUUACAAUGAGACUCGCGCAAAAACUGCUCGGGAUAAUAUCUAUUGGGAUCUGCCAUCGGUGCAUGAGAAGCUCAAGGAAGCAACAUACUAUUGUGUGAAGUAUAAAAUUGGAUAUGUGAACCGUAAUUGUUGGCACAAGCAGUUCAAAACACGUCUGUUCAAAGGGAAUACGAUAUGCGCUGAAUGUCAACCGGAAGCAACACUGCAUCGAAAUAAUAGGAGGUAG